GCGAGCCAUUAAGUCGCUUCGCCAUAUUACGCUGCUCGCAUAUACCGCGAAGGGAGCGAGAAGAAGAGCGAGCUGCGCGUCCGUCGAGUCCCAAUGCGUCAUCGGGCGUAUUUUCAUACCCAAGCUGUGCUUUAAGAGCGUUUCGCGAAAAUUCAAAUCGCUUGCAGAUUUUCGCGCUCUAUACUCGUGCUUUAUCACUUUUCAGCUAAGUUUAAGCUCACGCGCGGAAUCCAGUCAACGAAAACUCCGAGCGACAUGACGUGUAUAUAAAAUACGCGAGCCGAGACUCGCGGACGUGCGAUGGUUUCCAUUGGAGGAAAAAUGUGCAGCGGUUGCUUACUAUAGCGGUAGCUAGCUCGGCGAGCUUGCGCGUCUCGCUCCGGGAUUAUAAAUUUAGAAGUCUGGGCUCGCGGCCAGAUAAUUCCCUGCUUCGCGGUGUGAAACGGCCUUUGCUCAUUUCAUACUCAAUAUCCCAUAAAGAGCGGCUGCGACGACGACGAGGCGAGCUUCUUCAAUUACCGAUUAUACGAGCGCGAAGUCGAGCUUUCUGCGCUUUCGAAUCGUUCGGGUUUAUAAAUGGAGACUUUAUAUUGUCGCCGCUCGUGACGACCCUAACUUCCCCGUGUGGAUCACGAGCUGUGACGGCUCUCGCGCAGGAUCAUUUGCGAUGGAUCCACUUUAUGCGAAAGCUCGUGCGCGCCAAAAUUUGAAACUGAAAACUAAACGUUACCGCACUGUAGUAUAAAUUACGUAAAAGUAAAUGGAAAAACGUCGAUACAGCGGCGUUGGUGCAGAGUCGGGAAGACUUGGCAAUUCGGCGAUCAGGCGCGGCCGCGUGAAGCAAAGCAGAAGGAAAGCGAGCGGCGGUGCCAAAAAUCGUUGGUAAUAUUCUCUCUUCCGUCGCCGGCGCGUGUAUAUACGUAAUAGGCUACUGCAGCGGGCCAGGCUAAUGAAAAAGAGCAUUGAGAACGACAGACGCUGACAGGAGACAAACUUGUUGCAUUAUUCUCGCGAUGCUUUAUAGCUUUUAUACGUUAUGCAACGCGAGAGCGAGCUUUCGAUGUAUACUUAGCGCGCGCUCGUGCAAUUUAACAUCUCGCGAUUUAUCGAUCGAAUAUUAUACCCUAUCAGCUCGUUAUACUUGUAUUAUUAUUCAUAAACUUGAGCCACACCUGCGCUACAGCCUAUCCGCGUAUCGUUCGAAGGCGUGUAUACCCCGCGAGAGCGAGUCUCUAUAGAAAGAGAGAGAGAGAGAGAGAGCGCUAUACGCUAUAUGAACGUCUCCAAUGGUCCGCACCGAGUUGGAACCGCCUCGGCGGCCGAGUCGGCCACACCUCCCUCGCCCCCCCACCACCAGCUAGUUCCGUUCGUCACGAGCGAAUGAAACGCUCCCGCGCGCUUUCGUGCUUCUUUAUUACACUAACGCGCGAGCUUUACCCCCACUCAAGCUGUCCUUUAUCGCGGGAGCUUGCAGCGUUCGCCAAUUGGCGUGUACGUGCGAUUGUUGUACGGGGAAGCGGGAUCAGGGGAAAAAUCCACUUGUUAUUUACAACGUGUCAACGAUCCGCGAACCUCAAUGCUGCCAAAGUCGCUAUCGCGCGCAUAAUUCGCGCUCUCGAAAAUUCAUAGAGCUUGAAACGGCCGACACAUGCGCGCUCCGCUUACACACACAGACGCGCGCGGAGAAGAGAGAGAGAGAGAGAGAGGGCGAGAGCUGCGGUGAUUGGAAGUGGCCGUAGCGGCGGUGGCGGCGGCGGCGGCUCGCACGAGAUGGAACACACACUGCACUCGGAGAUUUCUUAUUUCUGCUCGGGUAAAUCUGUCGUCUCAGUCAGUGAGCCAGAGCAGGCCGUACCGUGUCUUUUCUUCAUCUCUCUCUCUCUCUCUCUCUUCUUCUCCUUCUCCCUCUCCAUAUUUCGCUCGUAUGCUUAUAUAGACACGCAUAUGCGUAAAAAGUAAGCGCGCGCGCGCGCGAGAUAAUGGCUUAUCGCGCGGGAUACGCGACGGCCGAUUUCGUCGCGCUCCAGUGAUAGAUAUACUCACAUCGGCGUAUCGUGCAAGCCGGUUGUAAUUUCGGCUUUCUUUUUCUCGCUUCUUCGGAGUGACAAAGCCCGAUACUUUGCAUAAUCGAGGGAUCGACUUGAUGAACGAGUGGUGCUAAUAAUUGCUUUUUUAACGCGCGUACCUCCACUGUAUAGGAUAUAUACGGCGCAAGAUGGAUCCGAUUCUGUUGGAGAGCAACCAGCAGCAGCAGCACAACCCUCACCAGCAACAGCAGCAACAGCAGCAACAGCAGCAGCAACAGCAGCAGCAGCAGCAGUACGGCGAGGUGAACCAGCUGGGCGGCGUCUUCGUCAACGGGCGACCCCUGCCCAACGCCGUCCGACUGCGCAUCGUCGAGCUGGCCCAGCUGGGCAUCCGGCCCUGCGACAUAUCGCGCCAGCUGCGCGUCUCCCACGGCUGCGUCAGCAAGAUCCUCGCGCGCUACCACGAGACCGGCAGUAUCCUGCCCGGCGCGAUCGGCGGCAGCAAGCCCCGGGUGACCACCCCCAAAGUCGUCCAGUACAUCAAGCAGCUCAAGCACAAGGACCCGGGCAUCUUCGCCUGGGAGAUCAGGGACAGGCUGCUGUCCGACGGCGUCUGCGACAAGUACAACGUGCCCUCGGUCUCCAGCAUCUCGAGGAUACUGCGCAACAAGGUGGGGGCCGCUGUCACCGCGGCCGCGGCCGCCGCCGUAGCCGCCGCGGUGAUCCACCAUCACCCCCAUCAUCCGGCCCACCAUCACCACCAUCACCACCACCACCACCUGUACGCCGCAGCCGCAGCCGCUGGUGCCGCGGCCCUCUGCGCGCCCAUGCCCUACGCCCCCGCGGCCUACCACCCGCCGCCGCCACCGCCACCGCCGCCACCGUCUCAUCACCAUCACCACCAGGGCAACGCCAUGAACGCCGAGGCUCCGCAGCAGGACGCCAGCAGCUUCAGGAGGUUCCUGCCGAUCGAGGAGGCAGCCCUGCCGAGCUCCCCAGCCUCGAGCACCUGCAAGCAGCCGAGCAACCCCUCGCCCUCGCCUCCGCCGACCUCGACACCGACGAGCUCCACGACCACGAGCCUCCAGUGGCCCAGUUCCCACACCGUCCACGACAUCCUCUCCGGCGCGAUUCCCGGCUUCCUCGCGGACAACCUCCUCCAGAGAAGCAACAGCAGCAGCAACAACAACAACAGCAACAGCAACAGCAACAACAACAACAACAACAACAGUCAUCAACUGGACCAGCACCACCGGCAACAGCAGUAUUACGCCUCGACGCUCUACCAUCACCACCAUCAUCUGGGCCAUCAGCCGACGGCAGCGGGCAACGCCGGCGGACACAUGCAGAUCGUUGCCGCCGGCAACGAGAGCUUCCACGCGGCUUGCAAUUAGCCGACGGUUAAAGCUGUGACGCGACCUUUUCUGUAAAUAUGUGUGUGUGAGAGUGAGAGAGAGAAAUGUGUGUAAACUUGCGUGUGCAUAUAGAGCUCGUGGUUUUUCCCAGCUCCCCAUAAGGACCGACGAGAGAAUCCAAGUGCCUCAUAUAUAUAUAUAUAUAUACUUUUCAUGCAAUGUCGAACACAACGUUCGCUGUAUAAUUAUCCCAAUAGCAGUGUCAAAUUUGCCAACUUUUAGGCAGAAAACGAUAGAAUAUUUUUCGAGCUCACGCUCGAUCGAGUAUUGCUCGGAUAAUAAUCAAGAUGGAAAAAUAUCGAACGGUUUUGUAAUCGCCUUUUGUUUAACUCGUAUAUAUAAGAGAAACAAACGGGCCUAUACGUUAUGAACAAAGAGCGGCCAAGAUCGAGUCAUCCGUCUGGGCGAAUCCGAGAACAAGGUGACGAGUGCCUCCUAUACACCGGGCAACUCGCCCGCAGCACAAGAUCUCUUCAACCGAUAUCCGGAACCGUAUAUUUCUUGUCAAAUAUUAGAGCACCGGGCGCGAGUUAAAAUUAACGUCCGCGCAAGCACGCGUAAAAAUCAGUGCGUAUUAUACAGCCGCGCGCGCAUAACGAUCGUACUUCGAACUUGGCGCUUUCGGGGUUUCUCGGAAGGGACGCGCUUUGACGAGAGCCGCCGCCGACGGUAAAGAGAGAGAGAGAGAGAGAGUAUGUUAUAUAGACGAAGCUGUUGACAAACCGAUAGCCGAGUUGCAAAAAUUCGCAUCACCUGAUGAUAGUAUGUAUAAUUAUACGCCAACAUCAUCGGCGCGUGAAAGUCUGCGGUUGGCGGAAAGAAAGCGUCUCGAAAAAAAAAAACGCGAGUGAUUAAUAAGCCGCGCGGAUGUAGUUGUACGUUCACGAGCGUAAACAUUGAAACAGUAUUUGCGCGGGCUUCGAUGCGCGCGAGUUCCGCGAUAAAACGCUGCACCGCCGACGAUAUCACGCGCGACGAGUUUUUGCAAACUAUUUAUAAACCCCGCCCGCGAGAGACAUUUUUAUAACGCUGUGUGUGUGUGCGCGCGUGUGUGUGUGUGUGUGUGUGGGUAUAACCAAGUAUUUUGAAAACAUUUAUAUCACGCACAUGUAUACGAGCAGACGCGACGAUUCUGCAAAACGCUAUAGACUUAUUUAUUUUCCCUGCGAGUAUGCUGUUUUUCUUUGCCUAUUAUUAUUAUACUUCCUAUACUGUAUACUUUUGAAUAUAAAAAUGUGUGUUGCAAUCCGAUCGUGCAAUGCGCGGCGCCAAGUAUAAUUGAAAACUAAGCCAAAUCUAGAUUUUAUGUCGAGUAUAAUAAUAAUAAUAAUAAUAAUAAUAACAAUAAUAAUAAUGAUGAUAAUAAUAAUGAUAAGUAUAAGUACAUAAUAGGCGCCUUUGUGCGUGCGAAUGUUUGCGCAUACGUGAUGAUUGUCGGGCCAAAGCUGUGCGCGCGCACGUAGUGUAAUUACAAUAAAACUAGUAUUGUUUAUAAUGAAAGCGAAUAAAGCGCGGGUCACACGAGAGCCUGGCAAGCUGCGAUCGCAGCUCUCGUCUGUGCAACACAAUUUA